UAUAAAAUUUCUAUGAAAUAAAGUUCAUUAAAUAAACUGUAAUUUCAUUAAAAUGAACUUUUUAUCUUGCAAAUAAAUUUUCACAUAUCUUUUUCUAAUUAUAUUUGAAUUAUUUGCGAUUAAAUGAUUCACAGAGGUUACAUGUUUUGAUGGUUUGUGACGUAACGUUAAUAUUCGAUAAUUACAGUUUAGGGCCAUCGCACAUGUAAUGACAUAGUAAUGACAUAGUAAUGACAUGUAAUGACAUAGCUGCAUAUGCAUAGUAUAAAAUCGUAUGGACCAAUAAGCAUCGAGUCGCUAUAUUGAUGCUCGAUACUUAAUAUUCGAUGCUCAUUGGUCCAUACAAUCUUAUGCUAUGUAUAUGCAGUUAUGUUAUUUCAUGUGUGAUUAUUUAUUUUUUGUAUCACGAGACGAGUUCAAUAUCAAUUUAUUUCCAUAAGACGUAGAAUAUCGAUGAUUGUGACUAGAUAUAAAAUGAAACAUAAAACUAUUACACUUUAACAAUUAGAAUCUCGAAUAAGCUUUGCCUUCCCUAUCAAUUUUCCUUUUUUUAACUGAGUUUAACACUGACGUUAAGAUAUAUACGGCACGACAUCUACUAUCGAGAUGAACAAUUCCGAUGAAAUUGGAAGAAAUUUUCUUGACCGACCAUAGGUGUUGCAACAAACACUUCCACCAGUUGAUAAUAGACUCAAUCGAAGGAGCGACAUCUACAAUUAAUUGCAAUCUCAAUUAAAAAACUAAUCUGAUUUACUCAUUGUUGGUAUAACAUUGUCGCGGUUGCUCGAGCGCGAAUAUCCAAAAGACAAUAAUAUCGAUUAGUUAUGAUUUUGCCGCAACGCGUCACACAUCACGCAUUAGAAGUCACUAACUAGUGAAAUACAUUAACGCUAAUUCAAUUUACAGUUCCACCACUCAUUGCAUUACUCGCUGCGUCAUAUGAAUAAUUUCUAUCUGGCAGAGGAAAUACGUAUUUGAACAAUUUUGCGCGCGCACGCGCGUGCAGUCUUGACAGGUCUGGAACGUAAUGCAACGAGUAAACUCGUUACAUUACGAUAUUUAUCGAGAUAGAUAUCGCAAUUCCAUUGUUAUUGUGUGUGUGAGGCAGUUCUGUUAAAACCAUUUUUCAAUUCGACACGGCACCAAUACCGUUUAUUUAUGCGAGAGUUAAUUGAUGAGACCACAGCAUGUGUGAACCGAUCGUGAGUUAGUUGCACGCCAUCCACCUCUUCGGCAACACGCGUCGCGUGUGAUCAGCGUACGCGAAUGCAGUCAUCCGACUCGCAAUCCACAGAAUCUCAACGCUUCGAUUCAUCGAACUUAGUCGAUAUCACACCGUCUGUAACUUCAAUUCAGUCCAAUCAGAUCACUGAGAGACCAUUGAUCGCUCGCAAUUUAUACAAGAAGAUCUCUCUGCAGUCUCUCGAGGUGUUACCGACUUCAUACCAAAGUUAUACACCCCAAAUAUGGAUUGUCCGAGAUCAAGUGGAAUCACAGAGAAUUACUGUCCGAACGAGGAGCGGAUGAUGCCAGGACCAGGAUUACUUUACGGGGAGUACCUGCGUUUAGACAAGAUCCUGUCCGCGCAGAGACUUCUUAGCGCCGAGUACAGCAACGAAGUUCACGAUGAACAUCUCUUUAUUGUCACUCAUCAAGCCUACGAGCUCUGGUUCAAACAGAUUAUUUUCGAGCUCGACUCCGUCAGGACGCUCUUUAACUCCGAAAACAACGCAUCGUGCAACGGCUCCUCCAACGAUCACUCGGCCAACCAGGACAACGGGGUCUCUCACGUCUUGAACGAGUCGAAAACUUUGGAAAUUCUGAAGCGACUGAACCGCAUUGUGCUUAUCCUGAAACUGUUGGUGGACCAAGUAACGAUCCUGGAAACAAUGACGCCACUGGACUUCAUGGCAUUUCGAGACUACCUGUGCCCGGCCUCGGGUUUCCAAUCGCUGCAGUUCCGUUUGCUGGAGAACAAACUGGGCGUGAAGCAGGAGCACAGGGUGAAAUACAAUCAGAGUUACAUGAGGGUCUUCGGCAGGGAUCCCGAAGCGAUCGAGGCGAUCAAACGGUCGGAGGAAGAGCUCAGUCUCAGUACUCUGGUGCAGAGAUGGCUGAGCAGAACACCAGGCCUCAAAACCGACGACUUCAACUUCUGGGGGGAGUACAAGCGAUCGGUGGAAAAGAUGUUGGCCGAGCAGGAAAAAGCCGCACACAAAGCAACGGAGGAACAGAACAGAGAGUACCUGUUGGCUAACGUUCACUCGCGGCAAGCGGUCUUCGACACGAUUAUGAACGAGUCCCUUCACAAUGCUCUCGUGUCGCGCGGCGAGCGUAGAUUUUCGCAUGGCGCCCUUCAGGGAGCGAUCAUGAUUACCCUGUAUCGGGACGAGCCGCGAUUCAGUCAACCGCAUCAGAUUCUUACGGCGUUAAUGGACAUCGACUCGCUAAUCACGAAAUGGAGAUAUAACCACGUUAUCAUGGUACAAAGGAUGAUUGGGUCUCAACAACUCGGCACCGGUGGCUCCUCCGGUUAUCAGUACUUGAAAUCCACGCUAAGCGAUCGGUACAAAGUCUUCCUGGAUCUAUUCAACUUGUCGACCUUCCUGAUACCGCGUCAUCUGAUCCCACCGUUGACGAAACAGAUGAAGACGAAACUGUCGAUCGCCUGGAACGCGGACGACGAUCAAGAUAAUGCCUCUGGAAGCUCUCUGGAAAGUUCCUGAAUCAUUGCGGCGUGAGUGCUAAACAUGUCACGACGAAUUUCAUAAAACUGCAACCAAUUUUUAUUUCUGUAACACACAUCAGGCGGCUGUAGUAGCACUAUGCAUCAGCACAAAUUAAACGAAAUGAAUGUUUCGAUGAUAAGCUUUCGAAGUAGUCCAUCGCAAUGCUCUCUUUAGAUUCCAUUAAAAAAAAAAAAUUAUAAAUAACGGCACGGGAGAUACGGCAUUAUUAGCAUAUACGUAACAAAGAGUUUUAUUGAUUCGCAGUUUUACAACUUAUACGCUUAUGCUCCGCUUAUAAUGUACUUUUGUAGAAAGAUACUGUGAAAUAUAUGUCAGCACAUUA